UUGGGAAAUCGAGCAUACUGCCUCUGAUUAUUUGUUUCUGAAACCCCUUUUUGUUUUGUUUGCUCUGCACUCUUUACUGGAGGGAGAUAACUGGGUGAAGAAUUUCUUUCGGAUUGGAUUUUCGUUUUAUUUAUGGUCUGAGAUGUGGUUGUGAAGGAUCUGCCGGGUUUGGUGAUGUGCUGGUUCUGGAUUGAUCUGCUCCUCUUCCGUUACCCUUAGGUUUGUGAUACCUGUUGGGUAUGGUUGUUGGAGAAAGUCUCAGAUUUGUUGGAUCGCUGCAUACUUUGAAUGAGUGCAUGGAUGAGAAGAACGUUCUUUUUAUUUAUCCUGUGUGAUUUCUGUCCAUUUUACCGUUUGACUGGAUCUACCUGGAAAGCUGGAGCUUUUGUAACUGGACUGGGAGGUUGAAUGGGUUGGUGGACGUGGUCCCCAAAGCAUGAGGAAUUGGUUGUUUACAUGUUGUAGAAGCUGUUGAUUCUGGGUUGCUUUUGAGAGAGUUAUUACUUUUUCUAAUGGUCGAUUGGGGUAUUUCUAGAGAGAGAGAGUGUUUUAAUGGGAAACUAUUCAUGAUAUUGUGUCGACUUUUAUUUUCUGCCCAGAGAUUAGUUGUUUGGAUUGCAGUGGAAAUAAAUCUUGUUAUCUCUUUCUUUGCUAGUAAUCUGAAUCGGGUUGACGUGAUCUGAAAGAUGUUUGGAGGAGUUGCUUUCGAAGUUCAUUUGGCAUGAUAGAUUAUUGUUCCUAAUUUCUUGAAAAUGUCAAGUCCUGAUCAAGAAAAGCUUGGAGUCAAACUUCAUGCUAGGCUUUCUCUAGAUACCAUUUCAGCCAUACCAAUCAAGAAAAGACGUUUCAUUUUUUCUAGGUCUCCUUCACCUCCUCCUGAGACAAAUUCUUCACUAACAGUAGAUUGUGGUACCACACAAAAUAAAUCUUUUUCUUUAGUGCAAACUCCUUCCUUGGAAGCUAGUGAUAUUCUUACUUGCUUGACUGCUUCAACAAAUGAAGGUUCAUCUCUUGAAUCUGGAUUCAAUAAUUUUGUUAAUGGAGACGUAAGUGAAAACCCUAAACAUCAAGACCCUAUUGAGCAUGACUGUAAUUUGAAGUUAGAAAGUAAGGCAUCCAUUGCUUUCGAAGAAGAAAAUGGAUUGAAAGAUACUGUUUCUGAUGACAAACCUGCCUUCUUGAAAGGAAUUGAACAGCAUUCCGCACCUGUAGGUCAUGUUGAUGCGCCAAUGGAAGAGGAAAUUUUGGAUGCCAAAAACUUUUCAAGUCAGACAUCUGCGGCACGACUUCCUAAAAAUACUGAACUGCUGUGUAAAGAAACCUUUGAGAAGGUGCAUAUUAGUGAAUCACGAUCUGUUAGACAAGCACAGUUGGAGCUGCAAGAUCCAAAUUCUCUGCAGGAUGUGCAGGAUCCUCAGAAGAAAUGUUUCGCAUCAGGGCCCAACACUGAUUCUGCUCAGAGUUGUCUGGAUAGAUCAAACUGGGACUUGAAUAUGACUAUGGAUGCAUGGGAUGAAUCCAUGAAUGACUCAGCACGGAACCAUGAAGAUGAAGGGCACAAAAGAUCUGGCUUUGUUAGUUUUCUUGGCAGAGGGCCACAGCCAUUCCUUAUGGGUGCAAGCCCAACAAACCGAACCCCUAAUGCUUCCCCUCCAUUGAGCAGCGAGCCUAAGAGUUUGAGCAAUGAUCACUUCUUGAGCCUUUGCACCUCACCUAAAUCUGGAGGUGUGUGUUGUAACACUGAAACGGAGGCAUGCCUAGAUUUGCACCUUAAACCUGCAUUAAUGUCUGAAUCAUACUUCCCUCAUCAAACUCCUUUCUGUUUAGGAAAUGCUGAUUCUCUUAAAGAAACACAAUUUCUUAUUCUAUCUACAAUGCCUUCGUCUUCUUCUGCUGACCCAAAAUAUUCUAUAUGUGGAGCGGUCAAAUCUGAGCCUUAUCAUGAAUGCAUUCAGCUUGAGGAGAAGAAAACUGAAAUUGCUGGGUCAGAAGCUUUUGGCCUGAAACCCAUUAAAUCUGAACAAUGUGAAAUUGGAGAAGCCUCCAAAAUAACAAUAUCUGGAGUUAAUUCUGCUUCUGAUGCAGCUAUAAAACUGGAGCCUGUAGAAAACAAAUCUCAAGACUCUGUUGCAGGACAGGAAACAAGAUUGUCCCAUAUAAGUGCAGAUGAUCACAACUUGCUUCAAAGUUCUAAGACACCUCUUGAAGCUGUUAGUUCUGAUACCAUGGCUUUAAAUACUAAAUCUGAUUCAUUUAUUAUGCAGAUACCUGGAGAAUAUACUCAUUUGCAUAAAUUUGAGUUGGAUAGUAUUUCCCAGGUAAUGCAAAAUGAGGUUCUUAGCAAUGAUAAAAUAGUCCAUAGGACAAUGUCUGCUGGUGCUGGCAAUUCCCAAUCUGAAAAUGGAAUUUUCUGUGAGCCUAAAAGUUUGUUUUUGGAACCUUUAGUUGAUAAAGACAAGGAGUUGAUUUCAAUAAAGCAAGCAUCUAACGAAGGAAGUGAACAUGCUGAUUCCUUCAUUAAAUCUCAGGUAGAGGGUCAGAUUAUGAAUAAUGGUACUUCAUUAGAGAGUGAAGCAUGUGAACAACCUCACAUAGCUGCAGAAUCGCUGUGUGAAUCAUUCAAUUCUGGUACUUUUGUAGAGAGGGUUUUUGAUGAAAAGGCUGAAAUUGAUUUUGGUUUGAGCUUAAGCAAAACUGAUUCCAAAACUACGGCUGUGGUAGAAACAUAUACAAAUAGUGAUGCGCUUAAGUUUAUUCAGGCUAUGAAUCAACCCAUUUGCAUGAUGGAGGAGCAAGAUGAUAAUGAAUGCAAGACAGGUAGUCCAAAUGUUAUAGGUGAGGUGAUGCGUGCAGUUCAUGAAAAAGUUGGAAUUAAUGAUCAUGGUUAUGAGGAUGGUGAAGUGAAAGACGGAGCAUUUCUUGGUGCUAAUGGGGAUUCUAAUCUUAGAGUUGAGACAAAAAUGGCAGAAGGUACUUGUCCAAGAGAUAUUGCUGACGUUCCUGUGGCAAUGUCAUCAUCGGAUGAACUUGUGAAGCAUUCCAUAAUAGAAAGUUCUGAGAUGUCCAAGGAUCUUGGAACUGUUGAGUGUGCUAAUAAUAUUGAUCCUGCUAUUGCAACAGAUCUGCAGGAAUCUUCAUCAGUGACCGGUGAUUCUAAUAGAGUGAAAACAAGCAAGACUACUAAAAAGAUACCACGAGAUUCCACAAAGAAGGAUAAGGUUUCAGAGCGGAAAACCAAAUCUGACAAAUUUCCAACUCUAAGAGUUGCCAGUAUUGAAAACAAUGCUAAUGGCAGUAGCGGUAUAAUGGAGAAAGCUGGAGGACGUGCUAAAUCUUCUGUUCCUCUUUCAUCCAGUGAAGCCAUAACGGAUGCAUAUGACAGGGGCCCCACAGGGCGAAUAAUCAACUUAAAUUCAGCUUCAUCUCGAAAUAUGAAUCCCAUUCAUGAGAGGCCACUUUUAUCAAAGGUUGAGAGAGAUAACUCUGCUUAUGAAUUGUUCAUGAGGGACAAAUCUCAUUCUCGUCACAGCAGGGAUGAAAACCCAAUUGAAAAGUCUCUUAAAACUGAAAAUGACAAAAAAAGAGGUUUGGCUUGUGGAAACCAUGGAUCAGGUUCUAUAAACUCGAGGGUCAAAGGUGGAUCAGAUUCUUCACGCUUGAGGUUCAGAGAUAAACAGCGGCCAAACCAGUUCAUUGAUCGAAACUGUGACCCCAACUAUAUACGGGAACAAAUCAAUGAGCAUAAUGAUUUUGCAUAUUCUAGACCCAUUAGUUCGGCUGAAAUUUCUUUGGGUUCUGGAUCAGAUGCUUCUGCUUCUUGUGCUGGGAGGAUUUCAAGGAAGGUCACUAAUAAACUGCAAAGUCGUCCUCAUAUGGCAUGCAGAAGGCAUUCUCCUGGAGGCCCAGACCAAAUGCCAGUUAUGCGUCAUCCGACCGGUGAAGUUAUGUAUGUUUCUCAAGAAAAAAUGAAUAGACCAGUGCCAGGUGAAAUGUUGGAUCCUCUUCGAGCCCAAUUUGAACGUACUGACCGCAUUCCAGCCCAUCAUGAAAGACUAAGCCUUUCACCGAUGCGUCGUAGAGGCCCUCCACGGUUAACUCCUCCCAUGUGCUCACCUAGGUCUCAAGCCAGGUCUCCUUCUCAUUGGCCACCACAUGAUGCUUCUGAAGGCUUUAACGGAACACCAAUUGUUAUGCAGGAAUCAAUGAGAUCUACUCGUCAACAUUAUGCAGAAGAAAUUUUGGCCAGAAGAAGAGGGUCUACUUAUAGGGCCAGAUUACCAGAUGGUAUGAUGGAAGUUGUAUCUUCAAGAGAACAUGAUUUCCCAAGGCCGCCAGGAAGGGAUUUUCCUCGUAAAAUUCAAAGGUUAGAUAUGAAUGACCCGAGGCAGGUUCCCGCGGAAUACUACCGUACACCUUUCGACCAUGGACAAAUUCAUGAACUUUUUGUGGAUGGUGAACGUGCUGUUGGAAGGAGAUGCAAUGAGGUGCAUGUGCCAGCUCGUUACAGGCAACACUGUUUUGAAGGAGAUGAUGUUGAAAAUUUCUCCUUUCGUGGUGAAGAAGGUCCUCCUCCUAGGUCCUAUAGGUAUCACCCUGAAGGCAAUCAAGGGUUUAAUGAAGGUGGAAACUCAAGGGAAUUUGAAGGACGUUUUAAAAAUAGAUUAGGUAAUCCAUCAAGAAGGUAUAGACACAUUGAGCAGCAGCAACAUGAAGAUGGCUUUAGGCAUCAAGAUGGGCAGGGAUGGAAUGACUCGGGUUUUAAUAAUAUUAGACCAAAGAGGAGGAGAUACUAGCGAUAUAUCCUAGAGCAGAGUUUCGGCCACAACUGAAUGACUGAUCCAAGUAAGGCCUCGUUUGUUUCGUCUUUAUUACGCCGUUUUCAAACCGCGAAAACACUUAGGUAUCUACUGUUUGUUUACACGUCUUUUCUAUAAUACAUUUUCCUAUUACUCCGUAAUUCCGCCGGUCCGAAAAGGGAAAAAAUUCUGCUUACUCCGUCUAGAUGAGCUUAUGCAGAAAGUGCACAGGAAUCAAACGAGGCCUUAAUAUCUAAUUCUGAUUAUUAAAGUUAUAGCACAGAAAGAUCUAGUAGAAGAUCCAAUAGUUGAGAGCUAGGGACUCUGCUGUGGCUUGCAGACGGUUUCUUCACCUUAAUAAAAUAAAAUAAAAUAGAAAAAAGAGAGAAAGGGCCUAAUUUUUCUCUUGGCAUUACAGUCUUCUUCCCAAGUUGCUGAUACCUCAUAUUGGCAAUAUUUGACACACUCUGCAGCUAGAUGAUAUAAUGGCCCUGCUGGUGACAAAAAUGAGAAGCAGUGCAUUACUGUAUGAUUGUCGAGAGAAUUUGCUUGGAAGGAAUAUCUUAAGCUCUUUAUGCGUGUUUAAUGAAGCAAGCUGUUCUAAAUUCGCUGGAGUAACGAGCAGCUCAGACUUGCAAUUGCUGGAUUCGAAAUAGGAACAAAAAAUUUAUAUGCCAGAGAACUGAAUUAUUAGAAUUUACUUGGGCAGAACCAUUCAAAAUUAGUUGGACUGGGGUACCUGGAUGUUCCAUUUGGCUCUACAAUGGGCUUGUCAAUGAACUGGUUAAGCUUAUAUUCAAUUGAAUUGAUAAAGAUGGUAAACUAUUCAAGUUAUAGAAAAGAACUUUUUGGACUAGACACCUGGUAUAACUCCCCAUAACCAUAGUAAAUCCAUUGGACAGUGUGAAACAGUUGGAAACCAAACAAGGUGGGAUUAAGGAUUUGGAUUGUAAUUUGAUGUUCCUUUUGAGGCAAGAUUGUUUUCAAUCCAUUGUAUAUGAUGCUGUAAUCAGUUUGCUUUGUUCUUCGCAGGAAAAUGAAUUGAUUGUUAGAGUGAAUAGCUUGUAAUUACAGGGAUUGCAUCAUGGCUUCUCAUAUACAUCCUCAUCCAUAGAACCUCUUAAAACUUUUCCAGCCGAAUCUACCUCGCUGUUGGAGAACUGCAAGGUUUGUAAGUGCCUUCUUUCGUCAGUAUUUCUUCAGGCAUCGUUAUAUCUUUAGAAUGAGGGAGGGGAAGGGUAAAUUUGAUAUGUAAUGGUAUUUUGAAGUUUGAUAUGUAUUGAAACUCUUAUGAUGAAGAUUUGAAUCCUCUCCAAGAUAUCUUCUCAGUUUAAGCUCA